AUGAUGAAAAUAAUUAAGAUUUUUACAGAUUUUAAGUGGAUACUUAAAUAAAAUGUGCGAAAUCUCUAUAUUUCAAUGAAAUAAAUGGAAAUCAACAUAGUAAUUAUGAAUAUUACUUUACUGAAAUAAAUUUUGUCUUAAGAUUGGAAGGAAAUAUAGAUUGAAGAUGAAAACGAUAUGGCUUUACCAAAUUAAAAAUUCUUUGAUUUCUGA